AUGGAGAUCUCCGAUCGUGUAGAGAGUGAAGCUGGCGAAUGCGCGCGCUGCCGCCGCCUGCAGCCUCCUGCCCCUGACAGCCCGACGCGGCGCCGGGGCGCGGACUCCGGAUCCGCAGGCUUCUGGAGACCUUGGGUUCACGCCCCGGGCGAGAGGGAGGAGGAGGAGCCGCACCUCGCCGCGGAGGCGGUGUCUGAUGGCUCCGGAACGACUGCAGCUUUAGGAAAGCUUUCCAAUUACAGACACCCGGUUAGACUAUUUUGGCCCAAAUCAAAGUGUUAUGAUUACUUAUAUCAAGAAGCAGAAGCUCUUCUGAAAAAUUUUCCAGUUCAAGCCACAAUUUCUUUUUAUGAAGAUUCUGAUAGUGAAGAUGAAAUUGAGGAGCUGAUCUGUGAAAAUUAAUCUGACUAUUUACUUUUGAUGAUAUU